AAAGGAGAAAAACGCUCUUAGAAGAGGAAUCAGGAAACGGAGUUAGCUGCACAUCGCCCGGUUGAAUUACCGCCUAAGCGCUAAUUGAAGUAUAAACUGCAUAUAUCCACAAAGAUGUCCAAAAGACAUCGCUUGGAUUUGGGUGAUGACUACGCUGCUGUCAAGAAGAGGUCUGACGGGCGAGACAGGGACCGCGACAGAGACCGCGAGGACCGUUCGAGGGACAGGGACCGAGACAGGGACCGUGACAGGGACAAAGACCGGGACAGAGACACAAAGCCGCUGAGUGUCCCCUCCAACAGCACCGCAGCCAUGCCAGUGUUGCCGCCCAUGAAGCAGAUGGCUGUGCACCAGCAGAUCAAUCCGUUCACCAACCUGCCGCACACGCCGCGCUAUUACGAGAUCCUGAAGAAGAGGUUACAGCUCCCGGUGUGGGAGUACAAGGAACGCUUCAAUGAUAUCAUCACACGUCAGCAGAGCUUCGUCCUGGUCGGAGAGACGGGCUCUGGGAAAACAACACAGAUCCCACAGUGGUGUGUGGACAUGGUGAGAGGCUUGCCUGGUCCUAAGCGGGCGGUAGCUUGUACUCAGCCCAGGAGAGUGGCAGCCAUGAGUGUGGCUCAAAGGGUGGCAGACGAAAUGGACGUCAUGCUUGGACAGGAAGUCGGUUACUCCAUUCGAUUUGAGGACUGUAGCUCUGCCAAGACUAUACUAAAGUACAUGACAGACGGUAUGUUACUAAGAGAGGCCAUGAAUGACCCGCUGCUGGAACGAUAUGGUGUCAUCAUCCUUGACGAGGCCCACGAGCGAACUCUGGCCACAGAUAUCCUGAUGGGAGUACUGAAGGAAGUUGUCCGUCAAAGAUCAGAUCUGAAGGUGAUUGUCAUGAGUGCCACACUAGAUGCGGGGAAGUUCCAAGUGUAUUUCGACAACUGUCCCCUGCUGACAAUCCCUGGCCGUACGCAUCCCGUAGAGAUCUUUUACACCCCGGAGCCAGAGCGGGACUACCUAGAGGCAGCGAUCCGCACGGUCAUCCAGAUUCAUAUGUGCGAGGAAGACGAAGGUGACUGCCUUCUCUUCCUCACUGGUCAAGAGGAAAUCGACGAGGCGUGCAAGCGGAUCAAGCGCGAAGUAGAUGACCUCGGACCUGAAGUCGGAGACAUCAAAAUCAUUCCACUGUAUUCCACGCUGCCCCCACAGCAGCAGCAACGUAUCUUUGAGCCUCCUCCUCCAAGAAAGCCGAACGGUGCAAUAGGAAGAAAGGUUGUGGUGUCAACAAACAUUGCUGAGACUUCUCUAACAAUUGAUGGCGUUGUGUUUGUAAUUGACCCUGGAUUUGCCAAACAAAAGGUGUACAAUCCUCGUAUUAGAGUGGAGUCUUUGCUCGUCACUGCCAUCAGCAAAGCUUCUGCCCAGCAGAGGGCAGGACGAGCCGGCAGAACACGUCCGGGAAAAUGCUUCCGCCUCUACACGGAGAAGGCCUACAAAACAGAGAUGCAGGAUAACACAUACCCUGAGAUUCUUCGGUCCAACUUGGGAUCGGUUGUGCUGCAGCUGAAAAAACUGGGGAUCGAUGACCUCGUUCACUUUGACUUCAUGGAUCCACCAGCUCCUGAGACACUAAUGAGAGCCCUGGAGCUGCUGAACUACCUGGCUGCCCUCAACGAUGACGGUGACCUGACAGAGCUGGGCUCCAUGAUGGCGGAGUUUCCCUUGGAUCCCCAGCUGGCGAAGAUGGUCAUUGCGAGCUGCGAGUUUAACUGCUCUAACGAGAUCCUUUCCAUUACUGCCAUGCUGUCAGUCCCACAGUGUUUUGUCCGCCCCACGGAGGCUAAGAAGGCAGCAGACGAGUCCAAGAUGAGGUUUGCUCACAUUGACGGAGACCACUUGACGCUGCUCAACGUCUACCACGCCUUCAAACAAAACCAUGAGUCUAACCAAUGGUGCUAUGACAACUUUGUCAACUACCGUUCACUGAUGUCUGCUGACAACGUGCGGCAGCAGCUGUCCAGAAUCAUGGACCGCUUCAAUCUGCCCCGUCGGAGCACAGAGUUCACCAGCAGAGAUUACUACAUCAACAUUCGACGAGCGCUCUGCACCGGCUUCUUCAUGCAGGUGGCUCAUUUGGAGCGCACAGGCCAUUACCUCACAGUCAAAGACAACCAAGUGGUCCAACUGCACCCUUCUACAGUCCUGGACCAUAAGCCCGAGUGGGUGCUCUACAAUGAAUUUGUCCUCACCACCAAGAACUACAUCCGCACUUGUACAGACAUCAAGCCAGAGUGGCUGGUGAAGAUCGCACCGCAGUACUAUGAAAUGAGUAACUUCCCUCAAUGUGAAGCUAAAAGACAGCUGGAGCGAAUCAUUGCCAAAUUAGAGAGCAAAGAGUAUUCCCAGUACUGAACAACAGCCAAGAAGUGUCCUGGAAAUCAUCUGCAAACUAUAGUUUUAGAUCUCACUGUAUCAUUGUAUCUUAAUGUUUAAAAGUUGGCUUUUGAUUUUUAUAUUUUGUUUGCUUUUUUUUUUGUUUGUUUGUUUGUUUUCACCUUCUUCCCAUCAUUGUUAAUUAUCUAAGUGUAAUGUCCUCAAAAUAUCUGCAGCAGCUGUUAGAUCUGGACAGAAUGACUUUUCAGACAGCGUAUCAGAAACAUGUCAUUUAGAUGUGGUUGACUUUCCUUUAGGUUUCUGCUGAGACAUAAAGAUUUGUGCUUGCUUUAUUUCUUUAAUAAAGGAGCUUUGACUUAAUUUCUGUGUAUAAAUUAAUUAGUAAAGCUUGUUAUUGCAACAUUAA